CAACGAUUUACCACAGAGCUGUGGGUCCCAGCGGACCUGAUAAUCUCAGUCAGUGCAGGAGGGGAUAUUAGCUCAUCUGAAAGCUCAGAUUUAUCUCUGGGGUCUUUGGGAGCAAACAAUCUGCUUUUCAUUUAGAGAGAGCCACGAGGACCACCAUCGCCAUGAAAGCUGUCCACUAUUGUCCACUGCUCCUGCUUCUUCUGGUCCUGCUUGCAACCUACAGUGAAGGUCUGCAAUGUUACAGCUGUAUGGGCUCCAAUAACGAAGACUGCAACCGGCAAGGCUCCAAAACGUGUCCCAGCUACUCUGAUGCCUGCGCUGUGGUGGUGGGCCAUGAAAGUGGGGUGAUGAAGUCGUGCUCCUACAAGUCUUUCUGUACUCAGGCCAACAGCCAGGGCUACAGAGCGCCAGGUGUCAGAGUUCACUGCUGCUACGGGGAUGACUGCAAUGUGAGCAGCUUUUCCUACAAGCUGCCAGGACUCAACUAUCUGCUGCUGAUUCUGCCUCUGUUGUUCCACUGCUUUUUGCAGUAAACCUGCUCAGCUUCACCUAGCCAACAUUAUCCACCUGUAUGAAAAAUGCCAACUGGUGUUGUUUUAUUUACUCUAAAAAUGCCAAAUAACCCUGCCUAAUCUUAAGCGUCAUGCUUAACUACCAUUCCUUUCUUCUUUGAUUUACCUCAUGUAUCCAAAAAAAAGCCUAUACAUUACUAUAUAUACGCUUGAGGUGCUAAGAGUGACUGCAUGGAUUACACACACCAUGUUGGCUCCAUUAAGCAGUACUACAGUAAAGUAGAUGUACCUUUCAAUGGAUUUCACUAAGCCAUUAACUAAAAGAUUCUAAGGGAAGGGCUGUUAUACUAUGCAUAGAUCAUUUAUUAUUUUCUUAUUGACAAAGGAAAAUAUGCUGCUCAUCAGUUCCCUCAAUCUGGUUAAAUGCUCUGUACACAAUGUGUGAAAUGACUUUGAAAGGAUUUUACUGCAUCUGUUUACACAACAUACCUUUACACCCGAGUAUCUCAGAAGAGCUUUUGUUGGAGUAGCAGAUGUUCCAGUGUCUAAACAUGGCGCUUAAGUGUUCAAUAAUCUGAUAUGUUGUUAUAUUAAUAGCGUUUUAUCUGUCAAGCAUGCCUCCGAUGUGCUGUGCGCGAUAUUUCGGAAGGUGGUGAGAAAACACACUGCAAAUCAACAUAAGCCUUAAACACACCUGAGGCUAGUUGUGUUACACCAUUGAGGUUAAUCCACUGCGUUUGAGUUUAUAAACAUAAUCUGUGUUCUUCUCACUGGAAUAUGGAGCCCUUCUAUAUAUCAUGCAGAAUA